UGAAUAAUCUUCAGUAGUUUCUUCAGAGUGGAGGAAAAAAAUAGAGAUUCUAAUGAACUGAGGCUUACUCAGGGCAGUUGAUAGUCGACUUACACAUCUUUUCGAUUGUUUUUCAUAAAGAUGUUUAAUAUCUCUGACGUAUUAUAGAUAUAUGCUUAUUUCAGGAGAACUUCUAAACCUCAUCGCCCCGUCGAGAUCAAGUGAAAGUUAUCGUUGCUGCCUUGUACAGACAGCAAAAUGGGUGACUUCUUGGAAGGACUCCCGUCGUACAACGAGAGUAACUUCACCCGUUUCCACGCAGACUCUAGUCACAGGUCCAGUAAACCGACGGUGUACAUUUCAACAAAAGACUACCCUUCUGAGCAAGUGAUAACCACAGAGAAGACUAGCAUCUUGUUACGAUAUCUUCACCAACAGUGGGAUAAAAAGAACACGAGCAAGAAGCGAGACAGCCAGAAGGCCAACUUGUCGGAGGCCGCCACCGAAGGAGGAUCCUCGUCCAAAGUGGCCCGAGUCAACUCAACCGACAGUUCAUAGACGUCUGUCUGCUGCUCUGUGUGUGUGUGUGUGGGGGG